GGGAUGGGGGUAUGGAGGGAGGGAGGGAGAGGUGGGCUGUCCCCGCCGGCGCCAUGUGAUGCCCUCUCCUCCCCGGGCUCUCCGGUUCCUCCCCGGCGCGGAGCAUCCCCGGGGCCGCCGGAGCAGCGCCCGCGGGGCCGGGUCGGAGCUGCCGGUACAUGGUUGUGGAGCUGCCAUCCACCUGUCUCUGCAUCCCAGCCUCGGGCAUCCCUUGUGUGAGUCAGUCAGAAGUGGAGGACCAAGGCUGAGCUCCCUCCUACAGACCAGGAGCUCCCCCGUCCCGCUGCCGGAGCCUCCCAGCUCCUCCCAGAGCCACCCAGCAACCCAAACAUCCACCGAGGACCCUCCCAGUCCCUCUUCCAGAACCUGAGCUUCCCACCUUCGCAGCCAACACCGCAGGUUUUCCGCUUGCCAAAGUGUUGCUUCAGCUGGGGUUAAAAGAGCCGUCCCCGCCUCGGCCCCCCAUGCUUUUGGGGAUGAGCGCCUGCGGCAGGAGGGCGCUGACCCUGCUCAGCAGCGUGUUCGCCGUCUGCGGCCUCGGCCUCCUGGGCAUCUCCGUCAGCACUGACUACUGGCUCUACCUGGAGGAAGGCAUCGUCCAGCCCCAAAACCAGUCAGUGGAAAUCAAACUGUCGCUGCACUCGGGGCUCUGGAGGGUCUGCUUUCUGGCAGGUGAAGAGCGAGGCCGGUGCUUCACCAUCGAAUACGUCAUGCCCAUGAACAUCCAGCUGACAUCUGAGUCCACAGUCAACGUCUUAAAGAUGAUCCGCUCUGCCACCCCCUUCCCUCUGGUCAGCCUCUUCUUCAUGUUCAUCGGCUUCAUCCUGAGCAACAUCGGCCACAUUCGGCCUCACAGGACCAUCCUUGCCUUUGUCUCGGGGAUAUUCUUCAUCCUGUCGGGUCUGUCUCUCGUGGUGGGGCUGGUCCUUUACAUAUCCAGCAUCAACGAUGAGAUGCUGAACAGAACCAAGGACUCAGAAACAUUCUUCAAUUACAAAUAUGGAUGGUCCUUUGCCUUCUCUGCCAUCUCGUUCCUUCUCACAGAGAGCGCCGGGGUGAUGUCCGUCUACCUGUUCAUGAAGCGAUACACGGCCGAGGACAUCUACCGACCCCACCCCGGCUUCUACCGGCCGCGCCUGAGCAACUGCUCCGACUACUCGGGGCAGUUCCUGCACCCAGACGCCUGGGCAAGGGGACGCAGCCCCUCGGACAUCUCCAGCGAGGCGUCCCUGCAGAUGAACAGUAACUACCCGGCUCUGCUCAAGUGCCCCGACUACGACCAGAUGUCAUCGUCCCCAUGCUGAGCCCCACCGCCCCCACUCCCACCCCAGCGCCGACAGUCGUCAUGUCCUGACUCCAUUUAUUUGUUUUGGUUUGGUUUUUUUAGGCCACUCUUCCAGGGCAAUUCUUUAUUUAUAGGAGCAUAAGUAUAACCAGAGACAUUGGUUAUAUAACCAGUAAUAUAACUUAGAGAACUGGGAUAUUUUCCGUCCUUUUUUUUGGUAUUCUUCCCUGCAUAUGUAAAAACCUCUCCAAAGUCCUCUUCUUUCAGCUCAUCCCACAGAGCAAACAGCAGUUCUGCCUGGGGGAUAAAUCCAUAAAUCCAGGGCUGGACUUGAGAGCAGAAAAAAUAGAGUAGAACUAAGACAAAAAAAAGUGUAUUUUUUGGUUUAGUUAGGCUGUGAAAGUUUGUGCAUUUGGCUGUAUCAUUUAAUUAUAGAUUUACUAGCGUAAGUGCCAGCAGGUGUAAAAGAUUUGUGUAAACUUCCAAGAAAUAGCCAUUGUCAGAAAAAUAUACUUUUUCUUGAUUCAGUUGAUAUCUCUUCUUGCUGGAUAGCACUUUAAAGCAGGCUGCAAUGGGAAAUAGCCAUCUUUCUCAACUAUACCUCAGCAGGCUUAGACACAAGCAGGUUGUUGUUCCUCUAAGGCCACUUGCGAACUGUUGCUUAAAUAUCCCAUAUGAGACUGGAGUCCCUGCAGCCCUGGGGUGUCUGGGCUGGGGGGGGUGGCUCAGCACCCACUUUUCCACCUCCAUCCCAUAGACUGGGGGUCUGAAGAGCAACUGGGAGAAUUUCAGUGCAGUAUCGAAUGGAAAACUACCUAAAACAUUCCUGUAGGAAACAUCAGGCGCAGGACUUAGGGGAAAUGAGGGCCAGAAGCACAAGUUAUUUUGUCAAAAGGUGAGAUCCCAAACCGGUGUAAAGUGAUGUAGCUGAAUUAAUGGCAUCAGUCCACUGUAGCAAAGUAGUUGGCUUGUGUUUCAUUUUGACAAGAAAAUGGUAUUUUAGAGGCUUUGUGUGUGUGUCUAUAAACUUUCUUUCGAGGUUUUAAGUUUUAAAAUUUCAUAUGAUGCUUUGGCAUUUUGGUCUUAGAGAGCUGGCAGGGUGAGAGCAUCACUCCGAUUGAAAACAAAGGACAGGGAAGGAAAAAUCUGUGCUCCCUCCUGUGCAAGCCCUGAGCUUGGCACCUCGCGGGAGAAAGAGCUUUGUCCAAACUUUGUUUCUGUUCUUGUUAUUUUGAACCUUUCAGAAAAUUCCCUUUCUGCAAAAAGCAAAACCCUCCGGGGAUUCUUGGUAUAUCUGAGCUUGGUUUGUCUUACUGUAAUUAAAACAAACAGAAUAUAUGCACUUCUAACCUCA